AAUAGCGAGGUGUCCGCAAGGCAGGAGUUGACUGUAAUCGGACACCUGUAAUCAGACAGUUACAUGAGCCAAUCAUUUUAAGUCCUUUCAGCUAAAUCCACCAAUCACCACAUUGAUUACAAUCACUAUAGCAACAAAAACUUACCCCUCACGGCAGGGGCCUUUUCCAAAAUGGCCGAAUAUGUAUCUUUAGAUAAUGUCUUUACUGGCGAUAUUUUCCCCGAUGUGAAUUUUGACACAUUUCCACAGUUUCUUCAGCAAAGUGAUGAAAGUUUAUUAUUGGAAUUGCCAGCUUUCACAGAUGAAAUACUAGAAACACAGCCCACAGUGACCACAGCAUCGUUGAUUCCCUCACAAAUUCCACGAACGGAAACAAUGCAAGUUGAAUUAUCUGAUUACCUACAGCGGCAACAUUCUGUUCCAGAUGAAAAUAUUUCCUUGCUAAUAGAGAAGAGUCCCGUUUUCCAGUUGUCUCAGGCGAAAAAAUAACGGAGAUAAACUAGUCGGCUAAAAGCAAAAACACAAAGUGUGGAAAAAAUAGUGUACAGCGCGAAAUAUUGACGACAAGAUUGAGAGUUUCAGCCCUCAAACUCUGGACGAGAAUUUGACAAAAUUCUACCUUGAAGUGAGAAAAAAGAAAGGCGAAAAAAAAUAAAACAAAAAAACCAAAAAGCCUAAAGACGUAGGAAACUUUCGUCCAAAAACUCAUCUCAAAAUUUUGAUUUCUGCGCAUGCCCGAGCAAAAAUGUGAUAAAACGCGAUGCUAGUGGAAAGAAAGGCAUUCUGUCUUGUUGCAAAUGCCUUUUUGAGUAGAUUAAAGCCCGUUUAGCUCAUAUCCAGGCUAAAGAUGUCUAGAAAUGCGUUUUUUCGGCCAAAAAUCUCCACGUGUCAAGGGGUUAAAAGCAAAUGAAUUGAAAAAAUAGCAAUAGUAACUGUUUGUCAAUCCGUCAAACAUUUACAAACCUCUAUCCUCCUUCCUUUACCAACUAAGAGAUUCACAAUUAUUCAUUCACAUUGUAAGUAAAGUUGAAUAGCGGAGAAAGUUUUCCAUUUAGUGGAAAGUACUAAGAUAUUCUUAGUUUCCACAUCGUCCAGUAAGUAUAGCAUAUUCAUGUCUAUAGCUGGAACAACAUAAUUAAGAGGGUUUGGCAUAAGCAUUUGCCGCGCCACUCCGGAAUGUUUUGAUUCUUGCCUGGCUGGAGAUGCAGUUCCCAGGCUCUCGUGCACAGCGGCACGAGAUAAGGCGAAGCCGAGAGAGACGAGUCGGCGAGCAAAGUGAGCCCGCGAACAUGAGAGCUUCUCAUUAUCUGUGCCUCUCACAAUACAAGAAAAGCCUUAUUUGUAUGUAAUACUGCGUUUCGAUAACAGUUGGAUUGAUCAUUUUUUAUUAUUCACCGUAAAAGAGAUGAUUAUUUGAGUGAACAUGAUUAUUCCAGUAUAGUACAAAAUAAAUCUUAGACAGAGAAUUCCUCGCCGAUUUUAGCAAAAAAGAGACUUGCUAUUGCGUUCAUUGUAACGCGUCUGAGGAGUUGAAAAUUAGAUGCUCCUGUUCUCCAUACAAAUUAUAUAUUAUAAACUACAUUAUAUUAAGCUUGGGUGACCUGUGGUAUAAACAAGAAAGGAUCACCGACUACUGAACUUCAGGAGCCACAUGUAAAUCAUGUUUUGGUUUAUUCCAGUUGUAAUCGGUUUGCUUGCAAUCUAUUUCGUAAGGAGACUGAUCCCUCGAGCGAAAGUUGAUGUUAAAGGCAAGUAUGUUCUUAUUACGGGCUGUGACUCCGGUUUCGGUAGAGAAACCGCCAUUAAACUGGACGAGAUGGGAGUUUGCGUGAUGGCGACUUGUUUAACGAAAGCAGGAGAACAGAGUUUGAAAUCCGUAACAAGCGACAAACUAAAAACAUUCCAGAUGGAUGUUACAAACUCACAGCAGAUAAAUGACGUUUGUAAGGAAGUAAAAGGGCAGAUUGCUUGUGGUGCAGCUACAGGAUUGUGGGGCCUGGUGAACAACGCUGGAAUUCUCCAGACACUUCCCAUAGAAUGGACACCACUGAACACCUUUAAACGUAUCGCAGACGUAAAUCUGUGGGGAAUGAUCGACGUCACUAAAACCUUCCUUCCAUUAGUGAAAAAGGCCCGGGGACGAGUGGUAAACUUCUCCAGUGGUACUGGUAAGUAAACGAUAAAAAAAAAACAAACGGUUUUUUCUUUCUUUUCCCUUUGCUUGGUUUGGUUUCGUUUUUUUGGACGUUUUGGGUACAGUAAAAACCUGUGUGUAAGAACGUAGUGGUUUAAGAACCUGCUGGCCAAAAUUUGCUAUUUUAAUACCCAAAAAUAUAAGAACCUGCUAGGUUUAUUUGUUUUUGUUAAUCUUAUGGCUCCUGUCAACAACCACGUCUCCUUCAUCGAAAUUAAGAACUAAUUUGGAACCUACUAAGCCUAAAUUGCCAACAACUAACACAAAAUACACGAACCUAUUUUGCCCGACCUCUGGUUGGAUCUUACACGUCGGUUUUUAUUGUAUAUUUUCAACUGCGACGCUAGCUUCAGCUAUGCCAAGCCGUAAUGUUUUCCAGUAAUUUCAGAAUCCUGCUAAUAGCGCCCUAAGGGCCGCCAGGCGGAGCCCCAUACUCGUAUAGGAAAGAAAAGGAAACCCAUGGAUUGAUUUUCUCAUGGUUAGCAUGGCUAGCGAUGUUGUUCGUGGGCGCGUACGCACGACGGCGGCGGAGUUGCCCAAGAUGGCAGCCAUACUCCAGCUAAUAGGUUGAAAGAGACAUACAGCCUUGGUUUUUAACGUCGUUCUUUGAUAUUGGACAUCCAUAUUAUGGUCAAUUGACACCUGUCAAAACAAGGUAUCCGCU